CCCAAGGAACGUUGCCACCGACCGACCAAGAUGCUCCCUUUCCUCUGCUUCCUCGCCGCCUCCGCCGCCGCGCUGCGGCACCACCACGCGGCCGCCGACGUGCCCCCGUCCAACAAGCUCAUCUUCAUCCUCGCGGGGCAGUCCAACAUGGCCGGCCGCGGCGGGGUGAGCGGCACGCACUGGGACGGCGUGGUGCCGCCGGACUGCGCGCCCUCGGCCUCCGUCCUCCGCCUCUCCCCCUCGCUGCGCUGGGAGCAGGCCAGGGAGCCGCUGCACCAGGGCAUCGACGGCAACCGCACCUGCGGGGUCGGCCCCGGGAUGUCCUUCGCCAACGCCCUGCUCCGCUCCGGCGGGGCCCGCGGCGCCGCCGUCGCCCUCGUGCCCUGCGCCGUCGGGGGCACGCGGAUGGCCGAGUGGGCCAAAGGGUCGGAGCUGUACGCCGACAUGGUGCGGCGGGCCAGGGUCGCCGUCGAGACCGGCGGCCGGAUCGGGGCCGUGCUGUGGUACCAGGGCGAGAGCGACACCGUGCGCUGGGCCGACGCCAGCGAGUACGCGCGCCGGAUGGGCGCGCUCGUCCGCGACCUCCGCCAGGACUUCGCCAUGCCACACCUCCUCCUCAUCCAGGUUGGGCUGGCAUCAGGGCUUGGGCAGUAUACUGAAGUGGUAAGGGAAGCUCAGAAGGGCUUAAAACUUCGCAAUGUGAGGUUUGUCGAUGCGAUGGGGUUGCCAUUCCAAGACGGCCAUCUGCAUCUUAACACCCAGGCUCAGGUCCAGCUGGGACAUAUGCUGGCUCAAUCCUAUUUGACUUAUGGGCAUGCACAUCCUCUUCGAACACCCACAACAUGGUGGCUGCAAGUUGCUACACUUGCUUGUUGCUUCAUCAUUCUUUGGAGGGAGCCAUACACAUCUGUGCUUGUAUAAUCAAACAAACAGGGGAGGUUGAAGAAGAAAGCUACCGGACUCCUCCGUGCACAUAACCAUAUACCAAUACACAGGCAACAUGAUGCCGAUACACAGAAGAUUCAUUCUGUCAGGUCUACACACACACACACACACACACACACACACACACACACAUUCAAAAGAAAUGAAAUACCCAUAGAGAUCAUAUGUAUAGUAGAAAAUUU